GGGAGCGCGCUGAACUGCCCUCCAGGAGAACAUCGCUACUGGAGACAGCAGCAUCAGCACCAGAGACGCGAGCACCCGCGCUUCCAGAAUAACUUUCAUAUGCAAGGAAAUAAAGUACACGUUUGACAUAAAAACACUCAGGUUACGCUUACGAUCUCUCGACUCAAGUCGAGGCUAAGUUGUGGGUCUUAGACCCGACUUUCAAGGUUCCCUUUGAAGGAUGUGGUGAUAACUCCGGCCUCAAAGUGGAGCCCCGAGUGUCUCGGAUCAGCGCGCUCCUCCAGGGGCUCGGGGGCGCGCCUGGCACCUCUCGGUUCUUGCCGGGAUUCGGGUCCGAGUCUGAGGCGACAGGUUCGGGGCGCCGAGCCAGGAGAACGCCCUCCACUCGGACCAGGAUGCCGGUCAUGAGAGGUCUGCUAGCCCCACAGAACACCUUCCUCGACACCAUUGCCACCCGCUUCGAUGGCACCCACAGUAACUUUGUGCUGGGGAAUGCCCAGGUCCAGUCUCUCUACCCCAUUGUGUACUGCUCCGACGGGUUCUGCGACCUCACCGGCUAUGCCCGCGCCGAGCUGAUGCAGAAGAGCUGCGCCUGCCACUUCCUGUACGGGCCUGAGACCAGCGAGCGGCUGACGACGCAGAUCAAGGGGGCGCUGGAGGAGCGGCGGGAGUUCAAGACAGAGCUGGUGCUCUACAAGAAGGGAGGUACACAGUUCUGGUGUCUCCUGGACAUCGUCCCUAUCAAGAAUGAGAAGGGGGAGGUAGUGCUAUUUCUGGUGUCCCACAAGGACAUCACUGAUAACAAGAAGGACCAGGAAUCAGAACCAGGCCCAGACACAGAUGAGGAGACAGGACUGAACGUCCACCGCGUCUCUCGUCCCUCGGGCUUCAACGCCAAUCGCCGCCGCAGCCGGGCCGUGCUGUACCACCUGUCGGGCCACCUGCAGAAGCAGGACAAGGGCAAGCUAAAGAUCAACAAUAACAUGUUUGGUGAGAAACCAGCCCUCCCAGAGUACAAAGUAGCCGACAUCCAGAAAUCCCGUUUCAUCCUGCUACACUACGGCACCUUCAAGGCGGGCUGGGAUUGGCUGAUCCUGCUGGCCACGUUCUAUGUGGCCGUCACUGUUCCCUACAACGUCUGUUUCACGGCUGUUGGAGGGCUGAACGAGGGAAUCCCUGCCUCCCGCAGCCCACCCAGCGUCAGUGACAUCCUGGUGGAAAUCCUUUUCAUGCUGGACAUUGUCCUGAACUUCCGUACCACCUACGUCAGCUCAACGGGCCAGGUGGUAUACGAUGCACGUUCCAUCUGUGGGCACUAUGCCACCACCUGGCUGUUUGUGGACAUGAUCGCUGCGCUGCCCUUUGACCUGCUAUAUGCCUUCAAUGUCAGUGUGUACUUUGGUGUUCACCUCCUGAAGACAGUGCGGCUGUUGAGGCUGUUGCGUUUGCUGCAGAAGCUGGAGCGAUACUCCCAGUACAGCGCGGUGGUGCUGACGCUGCUCAUGUCCAUGUUCGCUCUGCUCGCCCACUGGAUGGCCUGCGUCUGGUACUUCAUUGGCCGCCGCGAGAUCGAGAGCAGCAGCCCGGGGACCUGGGACAUCGGUUGGCUGCAUGAACUCGCCAAGCGCCUGGGCACGCCUUACUUCAUGUCCCCUCUGACCUCACUUUCGGGAGUCACCGACCGCACGGACGGACUCCCACCUAACAGCAGUCAGUGGAAUUCAUCAGGGACUGAGUCGGAGAGGAGGGCGGUUCCCGGUGCGAGCCAAUGGAAUGAAUCGGGGGCGGAGCUGGAAGGCGGUCCCUCAGUUCGCAGCUCCUACGUCACGUCGCUCUACUUUGCGCUCAGCAGCCUGACCAGCGUGGGUUUCGGGAACGUCUCAGCCAACACCGACUCUGAGAAGAUCUUCUCCAUCUGUACCAUGCUUAUUGGGGCGCUGAUGCACGCCGUGGUCUUUGGCAACGUGACGGCCAUCAUCCAGCGCAUGUACUCCCGGCGCUCGCUCUACCACACGCGCACCAAGGACCUGAAGGACUUCAUCCGCGUGCACCGGCUGCCCAAGGCCCUGGAGCAGCGCAUGCUGGAGUGCUUCCAGACCACCUGGUCCGUCAACAACGGCAUCGAUGUCAACGAGCUGCUGAAGGACUUUCCAGACGAGCUGCGUGCCGACAUCGCCAUGCACCUGAACAAGGAGCUCCUGCAGCUGCCGCUGUUCGAGUCGGCCAGCAGGGGGUGCCUGCGUUCCUUGUCCCUCAUCAUCAAGACGUCCUUCUGCGCCCCAGGGGAGUUCCUCAUCCGCCAGGGCGAUGCCCUGCAGGCAAUCUACUUCGUCUGCUCCGGCUCCAUGGAGGUGCUGAAGGACAACACCGUGCUGGCCAUUCUGGGGAAGGGUGACCUGAUCGGAUCGGACUUCCUGACCAAGGAGCAGGUGAUAAAGACCAACGCCAACGUGAAGGCGCUCACCUACUGCGACCUGCAGUACAUCAGCCUGAGAGGCCUGCAGGAGGUGCUGCGCCUGUAUCCUGAAUACGCCCAGAAGUUUGUCAGGGAGAUCCAGCACGACCUCACCUACAACCUGCGCGAGGGCCACAUGGCCGAUAUGGACAGGGAGAGUAACGGCAGCCUGAUGAAGAAGCUGCCUUCGAUCAUGGAGGAUGAGGAGGGUGAUGAAGAGCAGUACCCCUCACCAACGCCCCGGGCGCCCCGUCCCUCGGCACGGCCCGGCCGGUCGACCAGCUCGCCCUUCCGCUCGCCGCUGGCGCCCACGCGGCCCUACCAGCAGCUAGCUGACCGCACCCGGCCUGCCAGCCUGCACAUCCCCCUGCUGAGCUAUAGCGGCGCUCCCUCUGAGCUCAGCCCCAGGUUUGUGGACGGCAUCGAGACAGAGAGCAGCGCUGGUUCGACACAUAAGUUUGAGUUCAGCCCCAGCAUGACCAUCAGCAGCCCUUCGUCCGCGGGCCUGGGCAACCCCACCUGCCCUGGGACCCGGGAGCAUGCAGAAACCAGGCAGAGUCUGACCAGACUGAGUCAGGAGAUCGGAUGCCUGUGCCAGCAGGUGUCCCAGCUCAGCCAGGAACUGCAGGAAAUGACACGUCUGCUUCAGCCCCUGCUCCUCCUGGGCUCCCAUCCGCUUCUCUCAGCUCUCACGGCCACACAGCCUCCAGCCUCCUGCAGUCCCCAGCAGGCCCCGCCCUGGGCUCCUCCCCCUCGUUCCCCACUGGACCAUAGUGACUCUGGGGCAGGAGGGCCGUCGGGCUGCCUCGUACCCUCGGCGUCUCAACCCAAGGCCACUCCUCCACCUGAGACGCCUCCCUCGGGCUGCUCUGCAUGUCUACCUCACGUCACCUCCUCACCAGGGGCAGCAUCCACCAAGCUCUCCUCAGCUCCCUCCACCCCAACAACCAGGCUCCCCCAUCCACCGGAGGAUCAGUGUUUACUCACCUCCCAAAGCACCUCCUCCCCCCCCCCCCCCCCCCCCCCCGCCGCUCUGUUCCUCUCCCUCCACCAAGUGCCUUCCCCCCCUGCCACUCACUGCUCUGCACCCCCAUCUCUCAGCACCUCCCCGGGAAACCAAAGGCCUGGGACCAGCACCUCCUGCUCCUCUCCCACAUCCCUGAUCCUGCGCCCGCCUCGCAUGCCGCCCCCUUGCUCCUGCCCCUCCACUCACAUCCCAGAAUCUCCCUUGGACUCGCUCAUCUCCUGGCCUCAGCUAAGUCCCGGCCUCCAGGCCGCAGAGACGAGGCUGCAAGGACCGUUAAGCGAACAUGUCUUACUGAUCGACAGUGAGGGUCCACAGGUGUGAGACACAGGAGAGUUACACAAGGAGUCACGUCAGUGGGGGCCUGGGGCGGCACGGCAUUGUCCUUGAUUAUGUCUCCAGCUGCUCCGGAGAGUCACUCUCCUUUUCUCAUUGGUCAGCUGCACCUGGACUAACCUGCCUUCCCUCCAAUGACAUCUCUCGGAGAAAUGUGACACACCCACCAACAAUAGUCAUAUAUCCUUCCGAGUUGUGUUCAGAUGAGGGAGGCAGCUGAAAAUAACAGCAUGAUGAUAAUUGUGGAAGAGCAGAGUAGAGUUUGCCAAGCCUUGAAGCAAAAGGGUGCAUUUUUGGUCAGGAGGAGAGGAAAUAUUUCAGGGUAUGGUGCACCUUGCACCCAGAGGAUUGUGGGUUUGAAUGUGCAAAGCAUGUAUGUGAAAUUCUCCCUGUGGUCUCAUGGUUUUCCUCCUGCCAUCCAAAUAUGUCCCCACAAUGUCAUAAAAGUCUUUUAUUUUGAUGCUGUGAGGGCAGUUUUUCAGUCCCCACAAGGGGAAACUGAAUUUUAUAAAAAAUCUAUGACUGCUAUCAAAAAACUAAAAAGUUUGGUAUUUUGUUUGGUUACAUAUGGUUAAGGUCAUGGCUGGGCAGGGUUUAUAG